AUGGGAGACGCGGAGGUGGACUUCUGGACGCCGACCAUCGAGGCGUUCCGACCGCUGCAGUUGGACGGCCCGGAGCUCACGCCGAAGCUGCUAAAGCGACCGCCGUUUCGUUUCAUUGCCGAUAUAGUGACAGCCAUCAACGCGCGCUUUGCCGCGUACGACCACAUUUUUACUCCGGACCAGCUUGACGUGACGAAGAUCGACAGCAAGGAGAAGAAGAUUGAGUACCUCACGACGCUAGUCAAAUACGUGGGCUCGCUCCUUGGCGGUAAGAUUGAUGUAAAUGUGAAGAGGAUCGUUUCAGGGAGUGAGCCGGAGAAAACGAAUGUGUUCCUGCAGCGCCUUGCCCUCGCAGUGGGAUACGCGCAGCAGGACAAGGCACGGAAGGCGCAGGCCCCAGCGCCUGCAACUCCGGAGCCGUCAGACCCGAUAACUACGCCAAAGGUCUCAACGCCGGCCACGGGUUCCCCUUCUCGCAGCGAGAUGCCGAGGCGUGCCUCAAACUCUGUAGGAAACUCGUUGAAAAAGGAAGCCUUGAUGCGCGAGGCCACGGAAUUCUUCAGCAAAGUGAAUGACUACGGCCACCUUAAACUGGACCAGGAGCAAUCCGUGAAGGAGGUUGGCCAAAGCAUUGUAGACAUGUACAAUGAGCUGAAACAAGACACGGACACGUCUGAGCCUUCGUCUUUACCCUUAGAUGCCCUUGAGGUGGCCAUUAAACGCCAGUUGGAUGUUGUUCAGCAGGUGUCUGUCCUGCAGGAUGAAAAUGAUACGCUUCUGGAAAAGCUUGAAGUGUUACUCUCUUCCUGA